UCCUCGGGCUGGAGCAGUAUCAGAGCACAGCUGAAGGAAGCUGAUUACUGCUGGUCUCAAAUUGGCUGGGAACAAUACACACACACACGCACACGCAGCCCGCACCCUGGCUCCCGCGUCGCCGCUCCGCGCCGGGGGGGAAGAUGAGCUCAGGGGACGUUGUUUGCACUGGAUGGCUCAUUAAAUCACCCCCCGAGAAGAAACUCAAGAGAUACGCAUGGCGGAAGCGCUGGUUCGUGCUGCGCAGAGGCCGCAUGAGCGGGAACCCCGAUGUGCUGGAGUACUACAGGAACAACCACUCCAAAAAGCCCAUUCGGAUCAUCGACCUCAACGAGUGCCAAGUGCUGAAGCACUCGGGGCCCAACUUCAUCAAGAAGGAAUUUCAGAACAACUUUGUCUUCAUUGUGAGAACCACCUAUCGCACCUUCUACCUGGUAGCCAAAACUGAGAGGGAGAUGCAGAUCUGGGUGCAUAAUAUCACCCAGGUCUGUAACUUUGGACAUCUGGAAAAUGGCACAGGGUCAGUGGAGAGCCUGUCACACACGACCUCGUCCCCGCAGCCGUCGCCAGCCGCCUCCAGCCAUGCGUCCCGCAUCGCCGACCCCGCCUUCCCCGUGGACCACGCCGCUGCCGACGCCUCUGCUGCGGAGGAGACCCCCAGCGAGUCGGGCUCCGUCUUCCUCCCCGACUACCUCUUCCUCUCCAACUGCGAGUCAGGCAAGCUCAGCCACAACAGGUGUGACAGCUGGUCAAAUUCAGACAGAUCUCUGGAGCAAACCUCGUCGGACGAUGUUUUUGUCGACUCCUUGCAGUCCCAGCCCUCGUUGUAUCUUGUACAGCCAUCCAGCACUGGCACUGUGCACCAGGAUGGGGCCACGUUGGCAAAUCCAAGCACUGUGUCCAGGAACACAGACAUUAGUGGGCCACCCAGUGACUUUUCCUCCUCUUCCCCGCUGCUGGGGACACCGCUGACACCAACGUUUCAGAUGGACAAGAGCCAGAACGUGCUGCCCUUUGGUGUAACCCAGCUGGAUAUCCUGUCCAACACCCCCCCGCCACGGCCGCCCAAGCCUACACACUUCUCAGACAGGAGAGGGGACGAGGUGGGCACUGGAGCCCUCCAGAACGGGCACGUGGGGAGCACCUGCCGGGCUCAGGUUGCUUUGGUGCCUAGGAGGAUCUCCUUGUCCAGCUUAGACAACGUGAGGAACUGGAAAGCAGACAUGGAAGGCAGUUCCUUAAGAAGUCGGGAUAAGAGGCUUAGCUUGAAUUUGCCCUGUCGGUUCUCCCCACUCUACUCGACCACCUCAGACAGCACAGAGGACAGCUACGUGCCCAUGCGCCCCAGCACCUCUCCCUCUGCACCUGGCUCUGACUGUUCACCUGAUGGCUACAUCCCCAUGAGCCCUGGCUCAGCCACCUUCACCUUCCCUGUCGUCAGCACUGAAAAACUCACCAGCCCCUUACCUGAGCUGCCCUCGGACCUGGAACCGCCUCCGGUGAACCGAGACCUCAAGCCUCGUAGGAAAUCACGGCCACCUCCUCUGGACCUGAGGAACCUCUCCACAAUCCGGGAGCAUGCUGCCGUGACCAGAAUGUGGACUGUGCCUUACAAUCGAAUGAGCUUUAUCUCACCAGAAAGAGACGGUAUUAAUUCAGCAAGAAUAUUUGCCAAUUCAGUUUCCGGAGAAGAGGAAGAAAGUUACAUUCAUAUGGAGCACAGACAGGCAACAUCUCCAUACAGUGGUGCUUUCCCAUGGACAAGAAAAUCUAACCUUGAUUACUUAGCAUUGGAUUUUAAUUCUGCUUCCCCAUCCCCUGUACAGAAGAAACCUUUUCUCUCCGAGGAGCAGAGAGUGGACUAUGUCCAAGUAGAUGAACAGAAGACUCAAGCUUUACAGAACACUAAGCAGGAAUGGACAGAUGAGAGGCAAUCAAAAGUCUAAAGGAGGAAGAUUUGGGAUCUGGAGGAUGAAUUUUUUUGCACUGGAACCACGAUGUUAAUGAAGCAGCUAUCACAGUGGAGUUCAAAGGCAGAGAGGCGUAAGACGCAGGGGAAUGGCGUUUUUCACGGCAACCUUUGAUUUCAGCUGGAAAUAGUGUGUUGAAUGAGUGAGUGGUUCACUGAUGAUAAAGAAACGCAUUACCCUUUUUACUGCCCUUACCAGUAAGCUACAUGGUACCAUUUCCUCGCAUGAUCCUGGGACGAAUCAUAUACUAAACAUUAACAAAUCCACUACAUGUUGCAUUAAUCUAGUUAGUCCUGCCUUCUCCUUCUGUUGCAUAAUUCCUAGUGGCUAAAGCUAUUUUCUGAUGUUCCUACAAACCCUGCAGGUGCUCCGAGUGCUGCUGCUGUGGCAGUGGGCAUCUGACGGGUAUUGGUGACUAAUCAACUAAGGGCUAAAAUACUGAAACAAUAAAGAGAACUUGUUGAACAUAUAGUGCUUCAGCAAAGAGAAUUUUGGAAAGCAUCCUUUUUUCCCCCGGGGUUUAGAAGGUCUGACUCUGAGCUGAUGCUGUCAGAUGCUCAAACCAGGACUACGUACCGCUGGGACUGGAACGUGUGGUCUUUGACCCUUUGGACGAAGGUCGUCGUAUUAAGCUUCUUCUUUCCGUUGUGGCUUAUACUUGUUGCCUUUCUGUCUGAUUCCUACUGAUGUUUUCUCCCCUAUCCUGAGGAGUGUCUUCAGCACAGCACAGCUGCUCCUCUAGCAGGAGACUGCAGGCACACAGCUCUUGGCUGGCCAAAAAAAUAGAAAGGGAAGCUGUGAGCCUGUUUCUGCAAGUCUUGGGAGAGCUGGCAAAGGAUCAAGAAUGCUUUCAUCUGAACUGCAGAAGAAAUGCCAUUGGAAUUGCUGGUAGCAGUCGUCAAACUGAUUGUUUAACUAGACCCCACCCCCAAAAAAAAGAGAAUUAGGAAGUGCAGUGUGCUCCGAGGGAGGCUCCUGGGCCUGCCAAAAUCCAACAACAAUGUGCUCGGCAGCAUGAGGACCUUGGAGCUCAGGAAGCUGAUCUGCCUUGGGACUUGUUACAGGCACUAUCUCAGGAUCACAUAUGUGUAUAGUUUAUAAUGUGUUUAACUUUAAAAGCUUGGCUGCAAUCUUUAUUUUAAGGUGGCACACAGCCACUUGAACCAUGGAAGUUACGGAGUACUGCUGAGUGACCCACUCUGGAUUUGGUCUUGCAGGCUUUGCUCGUGCACGUGAGUCCCACUGGCCGUGAGAAGCCUGACCCUGCCAGCAAGGCCAUGCAACUAGUCCCCUUAGGAGAGAUCUCCUCUUUGGCAGUGCCACGUCACCGGCCUCCCUUCACGUGCCUGUUGCCACGUUGUAUUACUGUAACCUGACAUCCCAAAAAUGCUGGUUUACCAAAAGGAGGCCGUGGAAAUGUCAUUGCAGAAACCACUGGCAUUUCAGGGCUCUUACUCAGCACCCUCCAUUCCAUGCCCCGUUUCAGCUUCGGCCCCUGGGCACUCUGGAAGGCCGAGAGCCACGGACGAGUCGCACGUCCUGCUGGGAGAGGCAGCACAGCUACAUGAAACACCUUUUUUUUCUCCUACCUCAAGAGAGCACAAGUGCUUGCAAGCCUCGCUGCUUCUUUAGAGCAAAUAUAAAUCUGGGGAUCCAUGGUGACCAGGCUCUUAGUAGCUGACCCUAGUGAGGUUCACUAGCACCUUUAUUGGGGCAAAGUGGGCACCCACGCCUGUGGGCAUAAAGUGUCCAGAGCUAGAGCUGCUUGGAAACCCGGGGUUUGUACUGCAGCUGGCUGACCAGCUGUUUGCUCCUACUCUGCUCCCCCUCCCCAAACUGAAAUGAAAGUUAACUUUCGUACAAGUUUGGAAAAUGACUCAGACUUUUCUGUAUCAAUUUUGUCUGUUUGUCGUGAAAUUCGUUUGUUGAAACCCAGUUGUUUGGUCUUAAAACUGUCUUAUGAAAACUGGUUUAGGAGAGCUCUGAGCAACCGUGCCCUGGGUGUGGUAUUGCUACAGGGGAAGUGGGUUUGGGGAGAGGCAGUGGAGAUCUGAGGUGGUAGAGAGGGGUAGGCAGGGAAGGGCCACAGAGAUGCUUGCCUUUCUGUGCACAAGAGUUGCCUUUCUUUCAAGAUGUGCAAAUAACACAUGUCACUGGAAGCUUUUGGUAUCUGCUGCAGUGCUGGAAGAGUUAACAGGCCAUCUGAGACCUGUGUUGCAGCAGCAGUACUGAAAACAUCCACAAAGGGCAGGUAAAAUUCGGCAGUACUGCAGCUCCCAAAUUGCAGCGAGAGGGCACAGCAGGCGCGGGUGGCGAUUGCAGCAGCAUACAAACCCGCUCGUGCUCAGCUGGAGUGGCUCUUCUCCUGCUGUCAGAAGGUCUGAAGUGGAAAAACACACAAGUUAUUGGAGACAAGUGACUUGCUUGUUAUUCUACUUUGUUGUAAAAAAUAUACUUUGGCAAACCUGUCUCACGGAUCAUUCAGAAGUCUAGAAAAGAAAGAAGUCCUUUGGUAACUCGGUGGGGACUGUCCUUAGAGGAGAAUGGGCCUUUUUCAGCUCCUGUGUGUCCCCAACCUGCCCCCAGCACUCCCUUAUCUCCAUCAAACGAUGUUCCUUGGCUUCUAACUUUCACUUUUUAACUGAAGGCUAAUUUUGAGGGUUUAUUUAGACUUUUCAUCUAAGGUCUGUUUUUACCUGCUGCUCCAGGGUCCAUGGCUUGCUUUUGUGGCAUUCUUGUGUAAGCACACACACAGAACAGGAGCCACUGAAAAAUACAAACAAACAAAAAAAAGGGGGUUUUAAAGCAGAGCAAUCCUCCCCCAAGGCUUUGUAUGUAUUUGUUUUAGUCGAAUUCCCUAAUCCUCCAAAGAAAGUAAAGAGGAGGAGGAUUUGGCUGUGAAGGGAGCCCCAGCAGCCUCUGCUGUAGUGCAGGACUGAUGUACCCAACUGUGGCCCAGGGCCAGCACCCAUGGGACCUGCUGGUGGGAAAGGAGGGACAUCAAUUAAGACUGUUCUUAAACACUGAGCCCUUGGCCAAAGAGGGAAGAAAAUGUGUGUAAACACCUUGAAAACUAAGUCAGCUCUUGACAGCAUCAUGUCCGAAAAUGGAGCCCAGACAGGAGCCGUGGGGCAGCACUAGCUGUGGGGUCAGCCAGGAACACUCCCGUAGUGUGUUCUUUUUGCUGUGGGUCUGGUCUGUUGUUAUUUGUACAUAUUUCUUUAAAAAGUAUCACGAAAGCUGAUGCAGAAAGAGACUCUGCACCUAAAAGAGCAUGGGUUGGGCAGUGGCCCCUCCAGAAACUCUUGUCUCCCGGGGGAACCAGCAUUGCACAGCUUGGCAUUUGUGCCUUCUUCAGCAGCUCUGGAGCUUCUCAUUCAAACUGGAGAGGAGUGCUAUCUGGGCACAACAGGAUAGUGCUGAGUUUGCCAUGUCACUCUGUGGAGCUGCCAGGCAAAGCUCAGAGGCAGGACAAUAUGGAAACAAACAAGCUCGAUGGUUCGAGUUGGGUAGUUGGUGUUGGGGCCAUCAGCUGCGUCCACCCCAGGGGCGAGACGGAGUGUCGGCACCGUGGCGCGGGACGGAGGGAGUAGCUCAGAGGGGAGAUGAGGCUCUUAUUGACACUGCCUGUGGCCACUGAAUACAAAACCAGCCUGUGUCCAACAUCUGCUUGAAAUAAAUCCAAAAGAGUCAUAAAGAAAGCAAUUUGAUCAGAACGUCUUUCCUGGAGCGAGCAGCGUGUCAGUCCUUACUGGCAGUUACAGGCAUUCCCGAGGGCUUUGUUCAGUUUGAGUGUAGGUUGGCCUUAUUCUGCACUCUUUCCUUGCAGGAGCCAAGCCCCGUUUGCUUUUUGAUCUAAAUUGUGUUUUCCGUUUAUAACUCCUUUAUUACAGGAGGCAGCAUUAAAUUCCUUGCUGGCAGAUAGGAACACUUUACCUGAGAAAUAACAGCCAUUUAACUGGGGCCAGAUGUUUGCAACCAGCUCACUCCCCACAACGCACUUUUCCACGGAUGAUGCCAUCCAUGUAGAUUUCGGAGCUGCAUUCACUCAAAAUGAUUCAGUGGUUUAGUCAUUCAAAGACCAUCAGAUGCUGUGAUGAGAAUGAAGUGCAGGGCAAUGCCUUUCCUUUGUUCCCCCCACCCCCCUGUUCUGCAAAACUUGCUCAGGUUUAUUCUAACAACAAAAAAAGCCACCAAAACAGCAGACUUUUGCCAUGUCAAAGCCAGAGUAGUUUUUGUUCAAAUUAAAACCAACUUUUGUCUUGUGCAGAUGAAGCAUUAUACAUUUGUUUUGUAUUUGUAAAUCUGUGGGGAAGCAUUAAACAGUCAUCUCUGUUACGAAGGAGUAAGUCAUUGGUAGAGGGAAGGGGCUCACCUUCCCCAUGUUUCAUUGUAAUGUUUGUUGUAUAUAUUUGCACAUUAAACUGUGUAUCUUUUUUUUCUAAUAAAUUAAUAUAAAAUGUA